GUUGCAAAAUCAUUCCAACUCAAUCCCAUCCUCUAUCCCGAUGAGCCGCAUCUAUCACGACAGCGCCCUCCGGAACAAGGCGGUGCACAGCACUCGGCUGCCCGGCUCUUGGCACCCGGCUGCGUACCAGCGGGGAAAUGGUAUCCUUCUGGAGGGAAACCUGGUUGAUGUCUCUCGUCAUAACAUCUCAGAUGCCAAUGGCAAAAAGGAGCGUUACUAUGUGCUGUACAUCAGACCCAGUCGCAUCCAUCGCCGCAAAUUUGACUCCAAGGGGAAUGAGAUAGAACCAAACUUCAGCAACACCAGGAAAGUGAACACGGGCUUCCUCAUGUCCUCAUAUAAGGUGGAAGCCAAAGGUGACACAGACAGACUCUCGCCCAUGGAGUUGAGGGAGCUCGUGGAAAAGCCAGAGCUGCUUGAGAUGACAGGAAGCCACACUCCAGACCAGACACUGGCAUUUUGGAUUCCAGAGGUUGAGAUGGAGAAGAUUGAGCUGGAGCUGGGUGCAGAAAUUCGUCUAAAAACCCAGGGCGAUAGUCCUUUCAUAGGCUCGCUAGCAAAACUUGAGGCUGGAACAGUGACCAAGUGUAAUUUUGCUGGUGAUGGACAGACAGGUGCAUCCUGGACUGACAAUAUCAUGGCACAGAAAUCUUCAGAAGCAGCAGGAUCAGAGAUGCGAGGCCAAGGGGAUGGGGCAGAGGAUGACGAAUGGCCGGAAGAGAUUCAACAGCAGAUUGUCCGGGAGACUUUCCACCUUGUCCUCAAGCGAGAUGACAACAUCUGUAAUUUCCUAGAGGGGGGCAGUUUGAUUGGCGGUUCUGACUACAAGUUGAUUUACCGACACUAUGCCACUUUGUAUUUUGUGUUUUGUGUGGAUUCUUCAGAAAGUGAACUGGGGAUCUUGGACCUCAUUCAGGUUUUUGUGGAGACACUGGACAAGUGUUUUGAAAAUGUGUGUGAGUUGGACUUGAUCUUCCACAUGGAUAAGGUUCAUUAUAUCCUGCAAGAAGUGGUGAUGGGUGGUAUGGUACUGGAAACGAACAUGAAUGAAAUUGUGGCUCAAAUUGAAGCUCAAAACAAAUUGGAGAAAUCAGAGGGCGGCCUUUCAGCAGCCCCUGCUCGGGCUGUAUCUGCAGUGAAAAACAUUAAUCUCCCUGAGAUUCCUCGGAACAUCAAUAUUGGGGAUAUCAACAUCAAAGUUCCCAAUCUCUCCCAGUUUGUCUGAGGACUGAAGUAGCAUCAGACAGAUCGAGCAAAACGGAAUCUCUUUGAAAACCCAAGGCCAGGAUGAUCAUGGAUUUGAGCAGAAUUUAAGUCUUAGCAACGUUACAACCUAAGGCCUGGUCUCUUUUUGUUUGGGCAGACUCAUGGGUGUGGGAUUAGGGAAUAGUCAAUGUCAUAUCACGAUCUCUGUGCACAUGUCCAGCAUGAAGUUCUUCAUUGCCUACAGGUACAACAUUCAUGUAGGGGAUGCAUAUCCCACUUAAGCAAAUCAGCUAGCAUUCUCAAAUCCAUUUUCUUCUGCAUGCUGAAUCUCCCCAAGGGUGGUGGUUGUUUGAGUUAGUCCCCACAGAUUCUAGUGGGGCUGAUAUCUAGAGGAUCAUUAUUCUCAGUGCCACAAGAUUCUUGUGGUGGUUAUACCUUUUUGCUAGGUGCCAAGGAUUGGCUCUUUAGAUUCAGAUUCAGGAAAGCUGGCUUUCCUCUGAAGUCUAUCAGAAAAUGAUAGGUGUGGGGGACUAAUUUUCAUAGAAGUCUGAAUCACCUGCUGGCUGGAUUAAGGUGAUUGUAGCUAAUAUUCUUCUCUCUAGUCAUGCCUGUGUAUAGCAAAUAACAUUUCUUUCCCCAAGAAAAUAUCUUCUCAUCUGUCAAGAAUCCAAGAUCUGUUUUCUCUGGUGUUUUAUGAGAAGUCUGUAGUCAGAAAUGUGACAGCAGCUGCUUAUCCAUAGAUUGACAAUGGAUCUUCAACCACCCAACUUCUCAGCAGAUGAUAAAUCUCAUAAGUUCCCUACCUAAGGAAUGGCCCUGGCUGAAGGAGUACUUUUGGGGCUGGGAGACUUACUUUUGUAGCAGUUAAUGUGAGAUGAUAUUUGGAUUAUUUUAGGCUUAUAGUUGUGUUGUGGUCUUUUAUGAAGACUCUUCCCUUGGCUUACCUUCAGUUGGGAGUUCUAAGUUCAGGGCUGAAUGUUGCUUCUGUCUCUUCUAUAUCACAAACCCAUUGCAGUUUCCUUAUAAAAGAUUAGGACAGGGAUCUGGUAAGAGUAAAGGAGCCAUGUGUUUGUGGGGGGUCAAGGUGAGAAAUGGAGAUGUUCAAGGAUUGUAAUGAGGAAUGUAAUGAGCUUAAUCUUUGGUUGAAGAUAACGUGUUAAUGAGUUUAAAGAGUUCGAAGACAGGGUGUGUCCCUUUCCUCUGUGGUAAUAAAUAUACUUCUCCAUGACUUGCAUAUCUUUUUUUAUGAUAAAUUUAUAGUUAAACUGCACAUGUCAAUAUUCAAAUUCCUAUCCUCCCUACCUGCCUUUCCACUGGACCUGAUCAGAUGCUGCAAAAUAUUUAUUUCAACAGCACACUGUGUUACCUGUGUGGUCAAAUGCUUCCUUUAAUUGUAGUAAUAAAUCUUUCAACCUAAUUGGAA